AUGUCGCGGAGUCAAAGCUCUCGCAGCGCGAACCCGCCGCCCAUUCUCUUCUACGACGUGCCGCACAACUCCCCACAACCGUGGGCACCCCACACCUGGCGCGUCCGAUUCAUCCUCAACUACAAGCGACUGCCCUACCGAACGGUAUGGGUGAAUUUUCAGGACGUCGAAGCCACCCUCCGCCACAUUGGAGUUCCACCGAGCACUCGCAGUGACGGUCGGGCAGUCUACACCCUGCCCGUUAUGGUCGACCAACGAACAAAUCCCCCGGUCAUCCUGUCGAAUGCGAACACCAUCGCAGAAUAUCUGGAGAAGGAAUACCCCGCGCGUCCCGUCUUCCCUGAGGGAUCGCGUGCUUUGCAAACCCUCUUCGUCCACUUCGUCCAGGAGGUACUUUCCAAACCCCUCCUACCCAUCAUGGUCCCUCUCAGUCACCAGCAGCUCCCUGAGAGCACUCAAGCCCACUUCCGUGGUGGGCUCCCGCCGGCGGGUCCGCUCGUCGGCCCCGCACGCGAGCAAGCAUGGCGCGCAGUUCAGGAUCAGUUCGACUUCCUCGCCUUGAUCCUCGACAAGAACUUCGGCGAUGGUGCGGGCGACAGGGUUGUCGCCAUGGGACACGACGUCUCCUAUGCCGAUUUUGCGCUGUGCUCCGUGUUGAUCUGGAUACAGCGCAUGGCGGCGCAUGAUGGCUGGGCCAGGGUGCGAUUGUGGAACGACGGGAGGUGGAAUCGGCUUUGGGAGAGAUGCAGGCCGUACAUGGACGAGCUCUGA